AUGUGCCUUUGUGUUCACCUUUUUACGAAGAUGAAUUUCGCCGGUGAUGUGCCUGCAGCGGAGGAGGCCAUGCAGCACGCUCGUGGAUCUAUGGCCGCGCUGAUCAACUUAGACGUGCUGCCGAGCCUCAGCCUUGCAGAAGCGGCGAAGGACUUGGACUCACAGGAGGUGGCGAACGCAUUGGCUGGCAAAAAGCACGUGUGGUGGCAUCACGACAGUGAUGACCAUUGCACUCCUCUGCCGCAAUGGGUGAACACGUCUUUGGAGUUCGCAAUCAUGGAGUACGUGAAGGAGCAUCAGAAAUGGCAGGCUCAGAUUGCAGCCAGAGGGGGGAAGGGGCUCACGGCAGCUGCAAGUGCGAAGUACGAAGCCUGGAAAGGCAAUCCUUACCGGAUCUUGUUGCUUGAUCCAGCCCGGAAGGCAGCGCUCGGCAAGGGGGAAAGGGCCACAGCAAACUCCAAGUUUGCCUUCGGGGUGGACACGAACAGCAGUACGCCCACGGAUCCGGAGACUACAAACGUUUGCUACCACCACGCGAAG